CUUUGUGGAGAAAUAUACGAAAAGCAAAAACAGUAGAAGAGAAAGUGAACAGUUACAAUUGUCCAUUGUGAGGAGAAGUAGCACCUGUACUUUUAUAUGUCUUCGGGCAAGUCUUCCUGUAGCACAGUCUGUACUGUUCUCCCUAUGAUGCAGAGUCAUUAGGCUCUAAGAUGACUGAUUAAUGGCUAAUUAGGAUGUGCCUAUAGGUUUCCAGAGGUGAACGUCAUAUUAAUUAAGCAGAUACAGUGCUGAGAUUCCAGCCCUGCUUUGCUAUCUCUUAAUGCUGUAAUAAUUGAGAAACUUAAAACCUCCUGGUAACAUGAGGAUUGAGAGCUGAGGCUGUGAAGAUUACAGAGCUGAUGGUGCUGAAGUGCCUCUAAUUGAUUUGAAGAGCACUCUUCAGCCAUGGUUUUCCCUCUUGCUGAAGAGAAGACUGGUCAGGGCAGAGACUAGUGAAUUGUACAAAGAAAUGAGAAAAUAUGAGCUAUGAAGUCUUUCAUUCCAUUUUUCAUUCUUCUGUGGAGUGCUGCUGGAAUUUCAAGGGCUGCCAAAAUUGUUAUUGUGCCGCCAAUUAUGUUUGAAAGCCAUCUGUAUAUUUUCAAGACCCUGGCUUCAGCCUUGCAUGAACAAGGCCAUCAGACAGUUUUCCUCUUGUCUGAGGGCAGAGAAAUCCCUCCAUCCAAUCACUAUAGACUGCAGCGAUACCCAGGGAUCUUUAAUACAACCACUUCAGAUGAGUUUCUUCAGUCCAAAAUGAGGAGUAUCUUUUCUGGGAGACUAACAGCCCUGGAACUGUUUGACAUUCUGGAUCACUAUACCAAGAACUGUGACAUGAUUGUGGGCAAUAAGAAGCUCCUGCAGGCACUGAAGCAAGAAAAAUUUGACCUGCUGCUAGUGGAUCCUAAUGAGAUGUGUGGAUUUGUUAUUGCCCAUCUUUUAGGGAUUAAGUAUGCUGUGUUUUCCACUGGCCUUUGGUAUCCAGCUGAAGUAGGUGCACCAGCACCUUUAGCGUAUGUUCCAGAAUUCAAUUCACUUCUCACAGAUCAUAUGAACUUGCUAGAGAGACUUAAGAACACUAUUGUUUAUCUGGUUUCAAGAUUUGGAGUCAGCUUUUUGGUUCUGCCAAAGUAUGAAAGGAUAAUGCAGAAGUAUAAUGUACAGCCAACAAGAUCAAUGUAUGACUUGGUUCAUGAAACCAGCUUGUGGAUGCUGUGUACUGAUGUAGCUCUAGAAUUUCCGAGACCAACGCUACCAAAUGUUGUUUAUGUGGGAGGAAUUCUUACCAAACCAGCCGGUCCUCUACCAGAAGAUCUCCAAACAUGGGUGAAUGGUGCUAAUGAAAAUGGCUUCGUCCUUGUUUCUUUUGGAGCAGGAGUUAAAUACUUAUCAGAAGAUAUAGCCAAUAAAUUAGCACAUGCUCUGGCAAGACUUCCCCAGAGAGUUAUUUGGAGGUUUUCAGGGAACAAACCUAAGAAUUUAGGUAACAAUACAAAACUCAUAGAAUGGUUACCACAAAAUGACUUGUUAGGGCAUUCUAAUAUUAAGGCCUUCCUUAGUCAUGGUGGUCUGAACAGCAUUUUUGAAACCAUGUACCAUGGUGUGCCUGUUGUGGGAAUUCCUCUUUUUGGUGACCAUUAUGACACAAUGACCCGAGUGCAGGCCAAAAGAAUGGGGAUAUUAUUAAACUGGAAGACGAUUACUGAAGAUGAACUAUAUAAUGCACUGGUGAAAGUUAUAAAUGAUCCCAGCUACAGAAAACAGGCCCAGAAGCUGUCUGAAAUUCAUAAGGACCAACCAGAUCAUCCUGUUAAUCGAACAGUCUACUGGAUUAAUUACAUCCUUCGUCACAAUGGAGCACAGCAUCUACGUGCUGCUGUUUACACAGUGUCUUUUUAUCAGUAUUUCUUAUUGGAUAUUGCCAUUGUUGUACUGCUUGGUACUUCCUUGCUCUGCUACAUUUUGGCUAGGAUAGCAAAAUUUAUCUGCAAGCAAAGCAAACAUCUUUGGUCCACUGAUGAACAUAUUACCAUUAAUGGACAUUACCAAAAUGGAAUACCAAAUGGCAAGUAUAGAAGAAAUGGCCACAUUAAACAUGAAAAAAAAGUGAAAUGAGCCAACUACCCAGUGUACAUUAGCAACAAAUCAGUUCUAUAAUUGAAUUUUAUAGCUGUAACUUAGUCUAACACCUACUUAAAGUAAAACAAUAAACAGUUCUAAUGCUCCCCUACAGUAUGUAAUCUUAUGCAAUUAAAUUUUGCAGAACUAAGGAAAAUCUUUAGAAAAAUGAAGCACAACCUAAGAUGCAAAAUGUAUUUUAUUCUUAAUACUGAUGCAGAAAGGUUAUUCUGGCACUGAAGUUUUUUGAGAAGCCUUAAUUCUCUGAAGUAAUUCAAUAAGUAUAUUUAUGACUUUUCCAUUUGUGACUUUAAAUCUGUGUGUCCCAGAUAAGGAAAGGUUUCCCUUUACCUGAAAAGGCUCUUCCUUUCUUCACUCAUUGAUAUUUUAGCAAAGAGAUCGUUGUUUUAUUUGUCUAAGAUUCAAUGUUAUUUGACAAUGAUGUUAAUUGAAGUCACUUUUUCCAGGUGUUUCAUACAUAGCAGUAAAAAACUGCAGAAUUAUAAUGCAGCCAUAAACAUCAUAUUCUUAAAAGGCAUUGAAGAAUAUGAUGACAAUAUACUAUACUUUUGAUAUUCUACUUAACUUUUCCUUUCUCUCCUGUUUCUUUAGAGAAAAGGAAAUUGCACAAGAGUACCGUAAGCUGUAAUUUUAUAUUUAUGUAUAUUUUAGUUUCAUUCUUUAUCUUUGCCCAGAACCGUAAUUUAUGCCAUGUAAGGAUGUUUUAUUCCAAUAAUUAAAAGGGCUCUGUAGAUAAAAUAAAUAGAUAAGCAAAAUAAGUGAAGCCAUGUGAGAUGGGGGGGGGGGAAUCUGCCCAGGCUCUUUAGUAAGGGGUUUUUCUUAUCCCUUGAGUAAAACGGAAUCAAACUACUCCUGUGGGGUUUGUUAUAAAGUUGAAUGUCUUUGCUGUUACAAUUAAUACUUCCCCGCAGCCCAACUAAAAUGGUUCAGAGGUUCACUUAAGUUACGUCUCUGUUCCUUAUAUGAGUCUGGGCCACACAAUCCAUGUUAUAUAGUUGCCAACAUAAAAUUCUUCGAAUAAAAUGGAGUCUAUCCUUUUGGUCA